UCUUCUUCAGAGGAAUAAAUUGUCCCCUUCAGAUUGCAAAUAUUCCAUGAUCUGCUUAACUUUCUCCAAUUGAACAAGGCAAUUCAUUGACCGAACUUGAUGCAAGACCGUAAAUUGUGAGCCUGGUUUAGUGCUUUACCUCUGUUCUUGACUCUCAUCUUAUGGAGCCGGCGUCGCCGCCGCCGCCGAGGCUGAUUUGCUGCUUCUCAUUCGCGCCGGCGAAGGACGGCCGAAGGAAGAAAGCCGGGAAAGGGUUUUCGAGGUCUGACAUGGAAGACCCGAACUGGGGAAAGGACGAGGACAUGCUGUCGGAUAUGAGCACGUUCUCAGUGAAGGAACAGGAGAGGAGGCUGAAGAUCGCGCGGGAAGAGGAGGAGAGAGCGAGGAGGGAGGCCAACAAGGUGGAUAUGUGGGUGAGGCAGGAGUCAGCGCGGAUGAAGGUUUCGAUCCGGGACGAAAAUGAUGCCGAGGAUUAAUGGUCUUAUGGUUAUGUAGCUAGCUAAUCAUACAUCAAUCUGUUCAUAUAUUCAAACAAAUUAUUUCAUUUUUGCGUAUCAAUUCUAUCGGGUUCUUGAAUUAUAUUGUGCUUUGUUUGAGGAAAU